AUGUCGUCAACUGUAAAAUGUGUAUCAUGUAAUAUAGUAAUUAAUGAAGUGCUUGCCUUCAUUUGUAAUAAAAUGGACGUAAUGGACGAAGAAAGUAUCAGCCGCAUAUGCGUCACAGCGUUUUCUCAAAGUGAUAUUACGACUGCUAAACGUCUACUGUAUGAGUCCCUAUCGAAGCAGAUGAAGACCAGAAAGCGUGAUGGGAAGACUUUGAGAGACAUAGAUGACAUCCUAUGUCUCUCAGCUGAUCCUGAAGUUUUACCGAUAUUUGUCGCUCGGGAGUUGCAAAAACUACCCCCGGUUCUUUUCGACCAUGUAGAUGUAACGCAAAUCCUUAAGGAUUUGGUGAAAAUGCGCCAGGAUAUCAAUAAUAUCUCUCAGUGCUGUGCAAGUAAGGAAGAUUUAAAUAAAUUGAAAAAGGAUAUUGAAACACUAAAAGGAGUAUCGUUUGUAAACAAUUUGUCUAGACAUAUGAAUCCGAAGAGGGGAGCCUGUAGAUUAGAAAGUUUUGAAUGUAACAGUGGACCUAUGGGAUUGCAUCCUAUUAGUCGUGAGAUGGAUUUUUGUGAGGGUGUUUACUCAUUAUCACCGAAAGCAAAAAACCGUUACGAAAAUAUACACCAUGAUGAGGGUAGAAAGGAAAAAACGUCAGCGACUGAACAGGUGAAUAAUGCUAUGUCGCCGGUGAACGUCAUUGAGUCAGCUGUGAGCAAACCGUUCGAAAAGGUAAACAACGCGAUGGCAGUGACGAGCGAGAGCAUGACUCGUACGUCGUUUACUCCUUUGCCUACAAAACCGAAAGACGGGCCGUGCUACAAUGACCGCAGGUCGCAGGAGAUAAAAACUUACACUCGAGUUUUAAAUCACGGUGAAUGGAAGCCCCAAGAAGAAAAUAAAUGGAUAUUAGUACAAAAAAAGAAAUUUAAAAAUAAAUUUGUUGGAAACAAAGGAAAAGCCGUUGUCGAAUCCAAUGAAAAUUUUAAGGCUGCGGUCAUACGAGUCCCAUUGUAUAUUUAUAACGUAGCGAAAGAUGUGACGAAGGAUGACAUUCUAACUUAUGUUAAAAAUAAAACAGACGUUUAUGUUGACUUAGAAAAAGUUAUUAUGAAAACGCCAAAGGAAUAUAACGCAUACAAAGUCUAUGUGCCUAAAAGUAAGUUAACAUACUUUUUAAAGGAUGAAUUCUGGCCGGAAGGAGUCUCGUUUAGACGUUUUAUAGACUUUAAAGGACGACAUAAAAGUGGCCAAGUGCCAAGGAGUACAUAUGAUCAACAUCAAUAA